GGGGCCGGGGCAAUCCGGGGGAUUUUCAGGCAGCUCCUGCCCGGCAGCGCCGUGCCCCGGGGGUGCGGGUUUCCCCCCGGCUCCCGGCGCUGGCAGGUCCCGCGGUCCCGGGGGACGGGCACCGGCGCGGGGGGCCGGGCGGUCCCGGCGCUCCCGGUUCGCCAUGUGAUGGCCAUGCGGGCGGUGCGGGCCGGCAGCUCCGCCCCGGGCCGGGGGUGCCAGGUGCCGGGCGGCCCGGGGCGGUGCGUCCUGCCCUGCUCUGCGCUCCCAUCCCAUCCCUUCCCCUCUCCGCGGGAGCGCAGCAGCGCCCGGGCCGCUCCGCAGCCGGCGGGAUGUCGUGCGCCGUCCCGGCGGCGGGGGGCAGCCAGCAGAGUCAUGAAGAAGAUGACAGGAAGGUAAGGAGGAGAGAAAAAAACCGAGUGGCUGCACAGAGGAGCCGGAAGAAGCAAACUCAGAAAGCAGAUAAACUUCACGAGGAAUAUGAGUCUCUUGAGCAAGAAAAUACCUCUCUGAGAAGAGAAAUAGGAAAGCUAACAGAUGAAAUGAAACACUUGAGUGAAGUGUUGAAGGAUCAUGAGAAGAUCUGUCCACUAUUGCACUGCACCAUGAACUUUGUGACCGUACCAAGGCCUGAUGCACUCACCAGCUGCCUGCCGAGAUGAGAGCCUUUAAAUGGGAUGUGGGAAAGUGCCAUUAAUGGGAGAUUUGAAGAACUGCCUACUUACGGCACAGGUCUUCAUCAAAGGGGGCUGGACUCAACCAUGCAGCUCUUCUCCACGUUGAAGUGUUAUAGUCUUCUGAAUCUCAGGAAAGCACCAGUAUGGAAAAAAGACAAUUUGAACUGUGACUUCUUAUUUGGUAGAAUCUUUGAGCCACAGUUUUGCAUCCAGAAAUGUCAGUGUGGUAAAGUCCACCAUCGCACAAUGGAAUGCAGACAGGGAAAAGCACCCACUCUGGGCUGGGAUGCCUUUCUCCCACAUAUCCCCUGCCAGUAACCCUUUGUCACUUGUCAUCCAUGUAUAUCAUGUUCUGGCUGCUGUUUUUUCUUUCCUCUAAACAGUUUUGGUUAAUAAAAGUGAUGUCUUCUCUUUA